AUGACAUUGAAAUUUCUUCUUUUACUUUUUCUUUACCGUUUUGCGGGCAAAUGCUUUACCCUGAAUAGACCACACCUGAGUAGCCCACGAAAUUCACCUGUCCUACUAUACGGCCCAAAUUCGAAGACCCUCCAAAACCGCAGCAACUACUUUUUCUGCGCUGCCAAAAAAAAACAACCCGCAGAUAGUAACAAAUUCAGUUUGCGCGAAAAAAAAGAAGAUGAAAGUACCGAACCGUCCAGAAAUAUUUUCUCAAAUUCAAACAUAUUUCGAAACAAAUACAACUACAUUCCGUCACUACAAGAAGUCAAAGCGGACAUAGAAAAUUUCAAAAGAGAAAAAUCUUUUUAUUUCACUGAACACAGUAUACUCGAAGCCAUCAGUGUAGAAAAUAAUAUCGUCGUGGUCAACAUUGAGGGCAUGUUUUUCGAAGACAUUAAUGUAGUGUUCGCAGAAGUAACCAAGUAUUUGCUCAAUAAGCAUUUGGGCAUUUUAGGCGUGCACCCCUACAACAUCAAAUCGCUAAACAUAGAAACAGGGGAAACUUAA